CCCACUCCAUGCACACCUCAAGAUGAGACUCCUUGAAGAGAGGAAGGCAGCUGCAUCAUCGAAAUCCUCCGACAGUCUGUGGGCAGUGGACAGAAGCUGCAUUUCCUGGCUUGAUCAACAAGCAAUUCAAUCUGUUGUUUAUGUUAGUUUUGGUAGCAUCACAUUAUUGACCAGAGAGCAUCUUAUAGAAGUUUGGUAUGGGCUUGUGAACAGCGAAAGGAGGUUCUUGUGGGUUGUAAGGCCGGAGCCUGUGGUGGGGCAUGGAGAGGAAGAUAUUCCAGUGAAGCUCAUGGAGGGGACUAAAGAGAGAGGGUAUUUGGUGGAGUGGGCACCACAAGAGGAGGUCCUGGCUCAUGCAGCCGUUGGUGGGUUCUUGACCCAUAGUGGAUGGAGCUCUGCAUUGGAGAGUCUGGUUGCAGGGGUUCCAAUGUCAUGUUGGGCUUACUUUGCUGAUCAACAGGUGAACAGUAGGUUUGUGGGAGAGGUGUGGAAGCUGGGAUUAGACAUAAAGGAUGUUUGUGAUAGAAAUGUUGUUGAGAAAAUGGUAAAUGAAUUGAUGGUGGAGAAAAAGGAAGAAUUUUUGGAAUCAGCAAGGAAAAUGGCUAGGUUGGCCAAAGGAUCUGUUGGUGUUGGUGGGUCUUCUUUCUGUGAUUUGGACCGUUUGAUUGAGGACAUCAGACUGAUGAGCUUGAAAAAAUCAUGAUACCAGUUCUCCAAAGCUAUGUUUCAAUCGUUUCUAUGAUCAAUAAGCAUUAGAGAGUUUCAUUUAUUUUCUGAACUUGAACAAGAUAAUUGACUUCCUUUACUUUUUCUAUAUGCAAUACAAUGUUACCUUAGAG